GUAUGUGGUUUCCGACUUGCCGCCACGCGUGGUAUUGUACACGCACAACGCGUGCGGUAACGUGCGGUAUACUAGAAGCGCGUAAUGGAUGCCAUAUUUGUUGCGUCCCGUCUUCACCGCCGCCACGGUUCUGCUUCGGCAUUCGUCAAUCAUUGUACAGCAGUGAGUAGUGUACGCCGCCGCGAACGGCAAGUCGUUCGGGACGCCGUUCGAGUCUGCAGAACGUGUAUUUUUUGUUUCCAGUUUUUAUUUUUUUUUGAUACCCGCGUUCGCCCCGGCAUUGCGGCUUCGUUGCUCGUCGUCGUUCACUCGUUUGUCACUUAUUAGCCGCCAUUCAGCGAACCGCUCGUCCGCGUACAUGUUUCCAUUUAGGUAGCCAUUGACCAGCUCCAACGGAAAAGUUUUGCCCGGUGCACGUCGUUGCCGUCGUUUCGUUUACGACGCUUUGAUUGUUCGUGUACGCAGUUUUCACAAGUGUACGACCACAAGACGUGCUAUAUUGUAUAAUUUUGAACAUAGUAUAUAUUAUAUAUGUAUAAGAAAAGUAUCAGAUAAGAUGGGUCUCUGUUUUGUUUGUGACGAAGAAUUGGAUGGACAUUACGUAAGAUUAGCCACUACCCGAACAUCAUAUGGUAAUGAGUUACUUCUAGAAAAAAUUGCUGGGGUCCUUGGAGAAGAGUUUGUUGUUGUUGUUAAUAAUGACGAUCUUGCGUGCAAUAACUGUGCAUCGCAACUAAACCAGAUUGACAAGUUAGAAAUUGAUUUGAAACUUGUUAAAAAUGCAAUGUUGUCAUGCAUAAGGAAAAAAUAUGGUAUACUAGUUGCUGAUGAGGAUGUUGAGGCUAUCAAAGUAGACAAGGAAUACUUGAAGGGUGUCGAUUCACCUAAAGUUUCAAAUCCUUUGAAAAUAAACAGAUCUCCUAACCUUCUUAUUCAACAAGUUAAAAAACCAAUUAAGUUUUUAAAUGCACGUCCUAUACCACAACAAGUACCUACACCACAAGUAUCUACAUCACAACAAGUAUCUACACCACAAGCAUCUACAUCACAACAAGUAUCUACACCACAAGUAUCUACAUCACAACAAGUAUCUACACCACGAGUAUCUACAUCACAACAAAUAUCAACACCACAGCAAGUACCGAGGCUACAAGUACCAAGGCCACAACCAUCAAAGAAACAGUUACGGGUAAUGCUGCCACACCAAGUACAGAACUCACAGCUACCACUGAAUCAGCAACAAAUUAAUAAACAACAAAACGGUGCUAACAGUUUAAAAAUACACAAAUCAGAUGCACAUGUUCAAAAUCACGUGCCUCAAUCAAAUAAAAUAGAACCAGGAAAACCUAUCAAAAUCAAUCAAAAUGCUGUUAAAAUAUCAACUCCGAUACCGCAAAAGAAAAAAAAGUCAUUUUUUAGAUGUCAAAUAUGUGCCAAAGCUUUUGAUACCAGGGAGCGUUGUAUUGAACAUAUUCAAAAUGAUCAUAAAAAGCCCGUUUUAAAUAAGUUGGAAAAAAAAAUAGAAAAUUCUGGUCCAGGUACUUCCAAUGCCAUAAAAGUUAUUUCAAUUAAUCAUAAAGUGGAGUCUCCUAUGAAUGAUAAUGAACUGAACAAUAAAAAAUGUACUGUAGAUAUUGCUAUGUCGUUGAAAGAUAGUGUGCCUGUUGAAAAAUCUAAAGAAGAAAAGGAAACUGAAAAUACAGGAGAAAGUGGAGAUAUUGAAAACCCAGAAAGUUAAGAUAGUAAAAGAAUCCGAAACUCUUAGAAAAUUUAAACAGAUAAAAAAAGAAUUCACUGAAAAAAUAGAUGAUACAGGAAAACCUCAUUAAGAAAGUUAUUCAAGCUGAAACUUCAAUGUUGAGAAAAAGUAGAUAAAAAACACUGCCAAUUUGGAAAACAAAAAAAAUAAAUCUGGACAUAAAUUCAAUGUUGACUGAAAUCCAUUUUGAAAAUCCUAUCAACAACAAGAAUAUACAAAAUUAACCUUAAAAUGU